AAGCUUUCAAUACUUUCUAUGGUACUUCUGACAUCUAGCUGGACUUGCUGAGGGGACAAGGGGAGCACCUCACUCACAUUCCACACCACCCAAAAAUCAGGGAUUGUGCUUAUCCUGUCCUUUAUAUUGAUCAUCUCAUGACAGUGAGCUGAAGUUGGAAGAACCUGAAAGCAUUGCUACGAUGUGGACAGUGAUGACUUAUUAGUCCCCUUUGUAUUAUUGUCAUAUGUUCUGGACAUCCGCUCUAUAUAAAUGUCAUAUAGGGUAUACAAUGGGUUCAUUGGUUUGCCCUCACGCUACGACCCUGGUGGUGGCCACCAAUACCAUGUGGACACUGGAAGAAGGUCUCCACGAUGGGUCUCCAAGGAUAUUACAAACAGCCGGCAUGGGAUGGAAUCUCCAAGACCCUUUUCUUUAUCUGAAUUGGAAAGGAACAUUGAGGCCGCUAGCCAUUUAGAAUCUGAGUUUUUGAAUGGACAAUGGCGAGACUACAACCGAAGCACAAUCAGCCCAAGACAAGCAGACAGAUCCAGAUCAGUGAGUCCUCUAAGAGGCAUCCAUUCUUUGGAAUGUUCCAGUAAGCUGCCAGUUGGCACGGACUAUAUCAGGAAUGUGUCAAGCCCACCACUAUCGAGAAGAAAUUCUCUUUCCCGCCUCCCUACUUGGUCCCCUGAUGAAUCUAUCCUGGAGUCCUCAUUGAACCGUAGAGGUUGGAGUGGGUCGGAGGUGGAUCUUAGAGCAUCCUUGACUAAGAGUGCUCAGAAAAGGGCAGAUCUUGUGCAACGUCUGCGAGACGCUCAGGGGCAACUGGAGGGACAAUCAGAUGAGCUGAGGAAACGGGACAAGGAACUGGAAUUCAGUAGAGCUAAAAUAGAACUCCUGGCUGUAAAACAAAAACAACUGGAAUCAUCAAUAUCUCAAUUAGAGAAAGAGAAGGGCUGGCUGGAAGUGUCUCGUUAUGAGGACAAGAAGCAAAGAGGAGAGCUGCAAGACAGGAUUGUUAAUCUGGAAAUGGAAGUGAUGAAAGCUAAAUCUAGCUUGGAAAAUCUUAACUAUGCCAAUUUGUUUGGAACGCAGAAGAACACUACGGGGAAUAAUGAGAUGAUCCAAGACUUGAAAACAGCCCGUGAGAACCUUCUUUACUUUCGAAAUCGUGUAAAAGUCCUUGAGGCAGAGAAGAACCAAGCUGUUGAGGAACUCCAAACAUUACGAGAGGGAAGUCAGACGGCUCUCUCACACACCAAUGAGGCCAAUCAGAGAGUUACCGAGACAAUGCAAGCUCAUCAUAGCAUGCACGAGGAACUGACUGACCUGCAAAUGAAGUACAGCAGCACCAAUCUGGAGAAAGAACUUCUGUCGUCAAAGGUGAUGAGGUUGGAGGAAAAGGUCUCGGAUUUGGAUGUCAGGCUAAAACUCGCACAGACAGAUAGAGAACGCUUCUUACAGGAGAAACUCUCUCUCCAUCGGCGUACACAAGAGCUACUGUUGGAGCUGGAACGGGCAAAAAUGGGUCGGGAGGGGUUUAAUGACCAGGUCAGUGACCUCCAUAUUGAAUUGGUGUCUGCCAAAGCCCAAGCCAAUCGCCAAGACCAGGAAAAGGUACAGAUGAAGGAGGAGCUGGUGUUGCUAAAGCAGGUGAAUGAGAAGCUGACAGUGGACCUGGGACAGACACAAGAGAAACUCCAGAUCUGCAUGAGUGAGCUUCACCAGAUCCAGGCAGAGCAUAAGAUCUCCAAAAACCUUACAGCUGCACUAGAGGCGGAGCGUGCACAACUACUGGCAGAGAAACAGCUGCUGGAGUCAUCCAUGGAGAAUGAGGAGGAUAGUGAGAGUGUCCUUGAACUCAGAUCCUCCCAUGAGCAGUUGCAGGAGGAGAGGGACACCCUCCGUACACAUUGCAAUACAUUGGAGGUGGCUUUGGAACAGGCGCAUGAACAAAUGGGCUCCCAAAUUCAGGAACAGCAGCAGGUGGCAAUGUACUGGAAAGAGAGAUGGCAAGAGACAGCCCUUAAUUUGAAGAAUACAGAGGAAAGGUUAGAGCAUGCCAGUUCCCAGUGCCAGAAAGCUGCUGAUCAGAAUACGGGACUCCUUGAAGAUCGUGGAAUAUUGCAAUUGGACACAGAGGAGCUGUCUGAACUCAGAAUGACUGUGAGCAGUUUGCAGGAAGAAAUCCACCUGUUGCAAAAGCAGCUGAAAGAGCAGGCAGAGAGUCAUCAAAUGCAGCAUCUUCAGAGCCACCUGCUCAGCACCAGGAUGCAGAAUGGAUCUGUCCUUCGCAUUGAGCUAGACGCAUGCAAACAGCAGUUGGAGCUACAGAGAAGCCGAAGGGAAGCUCUGCAGGAGAGAAUUGGAGAGCUAGAAGCUAAGCUUAGAACUGAAGAAAAGAAUGGCAAGAAUCACCCACACAACUUGGACUCCCAUAGCUUAUUGUUCCAGUCGGAAAGGACAUCAUCAGCUGAACUCAGGUCACAAAUAGAAAAUCUUAAACAGGAGCUGGAAAAAGAGAGGGAAGCGGUGAUGCAAAAAGAAGAACUAAUAUUUACUUUGAGAGAGGAAGUGGAAGAAUUGAAGCAUAAGAAACCUGGUGAUAUUAAGGCGUCCCUGGAGGAGGUAGACUCUGAUCUAGUUGAAGUGCGAAAGGAACUUCAGAAGGUCUGGGAUAUGUUGAAAACAAAGGGCACAGAGCUGGAAGAGCAAUAUCAGGAGCUAAAGUCUGCUCGGAGCCAGUACAAGGAAUGCAGUGCCGAGAAUGUAAGACUGGAGCAGUUGGUGGCCUCCCUACAGAAGCAGUUGGAAGGAUCAGAAGAGACAGUGAGGCACCUCCAGCAAAAGAGGGAAAUGGAAAAAACGGAAAUGGACAUUGAAAGGUCCUCACUGGAGCUGAAGUUGGCAGAAAUGCACGGACAGACUGACACGGCUUCCUCUACAGCUGUCCACCAGCCACCCCGGACUGGGCCGAGGAGAUGGAGUCCAGUUGGAGCCCAAGCUGCAGAUGGCUCCCAGAAGUGUGCUCGCUGUGAUGCUUUCCUCUUACAGCUGGACAAGACCAUCAAAGGGUGCCAGGGAUGCAAUGUGGAGUUAGAGGAGGAGAAAACCCAGAUGCUGUCAUCUCUGCACCAGCUGCAAGGAAUAUUAAAGGACAGCUCUAAGCAGACAAAAGUGAAUGAACAAGUUGCCCAAAUUCUGCAAGCAGACAACGAGUCUCUAAAAAAACAAUACAGAUCAGUAACGGAACAGCUCAAGGGAUUGUUCAAAGAGAAAAUAAAUCUGACAAAAGCUUAUAACAAGCUUCCUAAAGAGGAGAAACCGGAGGAAAACUGGGCUGAAAAAUUCAAAAUGGUCGAGAAUGUGCAGAGUUCUAUCGAAGACCAGGAAAAACGUCAAGAGGAACUUGGAAAGGAGAGAGACCGACUGCAAGAAGAUCUCAUAAAGACACACAAUAACGAUAUCAGGAGCCUGCAGAGACAACUCGAAGAACAAUCAAACAAGAUAUCCAGUAUGACUUCUGAAAUCAAAAUGUUGCGUGAAAGAAAUGACUCUUUAAUGAAAGCUAAGCUGCGUUUCCAGCAGCAGGUCCAGCAAAUAAGGAGCACAUCCCAGCUUGGUCACGGAAGUAACAGGACAGACCCCACGGUGCCUCGGCUGUCAGGGAGCCCGAUUGAUACAAGCCCCAAUAACGGAGCAGAGCAUACUUUGUCUGGAAGCCAAGAAUCAUUAGUGCCAUCAGCAGGAACCAGAGCCUCAUUGCAAAGCCCAUCAGAAGGAUCUUGGACAGCAUCUUCCCAAAACUCCAGACCUGGUACUCCCAUCCAUUCCAGUGUUACACCUCCUGCUUCCCCAAUGAGACUCAACCCUCCUGGGACUAUGGUGAAAAGUUGGAAACGCUCCACUGAGGGGUCUCCACUGAGUCCGAGAAGCCAGGCUGACAGUGAAUGUACAAAUGAUACACAAGGUUCCCACACUCCCCGGGUAUCUGCCCUGCUUUCCCCAAGACCAUACAAUGCGCAGAAGGCCAACCAGAUCUUCAAAUUUGGGGACAACUAAAAACAAAUGUUAAACGUGGGCUGAUUUAAUGUG